AAUGCACCGCGAACUUGAAAACAAUACUUCGCCAUUUCGGGCUCAAAAGGGGGCUGAGCCGCGGAGCUGCGAUAACGAUAGCAAGCCAGCGAAUUGGGUCAACCCCGACCAGGCGUGACUGUGGCUUUUUUUUUUUUUUUUUGGUCGUCAACGCUUUUCGGCGGUGUUUUGAGCGCUUGCGAACGAGCUCCGAUGCUUGUUAUUUUGCUCUCCCGAAUGAUCUUUUCCAUCGUAGGCCCGGGCUGAACUGUCGUCUGCUUGUCGGAUUUUCCUGCUAGCUUAGCUAGCUAGCUGAGUGUAAACAAGAAUGAAGAGGAUAAAAGGCGGCAAGGAGGAGGGCAACACCUCCCCGACGAAGAGCUCGCCGGAGGCACGCAAGAAAGUCCGGAAGCACUCGGGCCUGGCGUCGGAGGCCAGCGGCUCGUUGGACUCCAACUGGGCUCGGCUGCCUCAAGAGCUGCUCCUUCACGUCUUCCAGUACCUACCGCUGCUGGAUCGGGCCUUCGCCUCACAAGUGUGCCGCGGGUGGAACCAGGCGUUCCACAUGCCCGAGCUGUGGCGCUGCUUCGAGUUUGAGCUCAACCAGCCGGCCAGCUCUUAUCUGAAAGCCACGCACCCGGACCUGAUCAAGCAGAUCAUCAAGAGGCACUCCAACCACUUGCAGUAUGUCAGCUUCAAGGUGGACAGCAGCACUGAGUCCGCAGAGGCGGCCUGUGACAUCCUUUCGCAGUUGGUGAACUGCUCCCUGAAGACUUUAGGACUCAUCUCGACCGCCAGACCCAGUUUCAUGGAGGUCCCGAAGUCUCACUUCAUCUCGGCGCUGACGGUGGUGUUCGUCAACUCCAAGUCGCUGUCCUCGCUGAAGAUCGACGACACGCCGGUGGACGACCCCUCGCUGAAGGUGCUGGUGGCCAAUAACAGCGACACGCUCAAGCUGCUCAAGAUGAGCAGCUGCCCUCACGUCUCGCCGGCAGGGAUCCUGUGCGUGGCGGACCAGUGCCACGGCCUGCGGGAGCUGGCGUUGAACUACCACCUCCUGAGCGACGAGCUCCUGCUGGCCCUGUCCUCCGAGAAGCACGUGCACCUGGAGCACCUGCGCAUCGACGUGGUGAGCGAGAACCCGGGCCAGCACUUCCACGGCAUCAAGAAGAGCAGCUGGGACGCCAUGGUCCGCCACUCGCCCAAGUUCAACCUGGUCAUGUACUUCUUCCUGUACGAGGACGAGUUCGGGCCCUUCUUCAACGACGAGAUCCCCGUCACGCACCUCUACUUCGGCCGCUCCGUCAGCAAGGAGGUGCUGGGCCGCGUGGGCCUGCACUGCCCUCGCCUGGUGGAGCUGGUGGUGUGCGCCAACGGCCUGCGCCCGCUGGACGAGGAGCUGAUCCGCAUCGCCAAGCGCUGCACGCAGCUGUCGGCCAUCGGCCUGGGCGAGUGCGAGGUGUCGUGCGGCGCCUUCGUGGAGUUCGUCAAGAUGUGCGGGCGCCGCCUGUCGCAGCUCUCCAUCAUGGAGGAGGUGCUCAUCCCCGACCACGAGUACUCCCUGGACGAGAUCCACUGGGAGGUGUCCAAGCACCUGGGCCGGGUUUGGUUCCCGGACAUGAUGCCCACCUGGUAGGAGCGCCCACGCGGGCGGCUCGAGCGCGCCCCGAAACUUUCGACCGACCUCCGUUAACGCUCUUCGCCCGAUCGCAGAACUCGUCGCGCGCCCGGAGCAAAUCCACCCCCCCCCCCCCCCCCCCGGAAAGAGAUUGCCUCACGUUUGCGCUAGCGCCAAAAUGGCCGACGAGCUGGGAACGGUCGCAAAUGAAUUCGAAAUGGAGAGAGAUGUACAUACGUCCGUAUCCGACUGCUUCAUUCCCGUGCUCGUUCCCAACAUUUUCCUUUUUCUUUGGCUUUUGUCGGUUUUCGCGGCUCAGCCAAAUGAUCUUAGUAUGCGGAGCGGCCGUAAAUAAGUGAAGAAAAGUUCAUGACGUAGUCCCCGAGCGUUUUUCGACUUUGAGCCGCUCCGACCUGACCGCGCGCGCUCCCGCGGUCGCUCAGGUGCAUUUUGUAAAACAUUCUCGUGAAUUUCAUUUGUACGUUCUGCUUUUUGCUCUGUCGCGGUAGAGUGGGAAAAACUCGCAGGUGCAUCCGGCGUGAAAGCAUUUGCGCGUAAAACGGUUCGUUUCCAAUGAUGUCAAAAUAUUUGUAUUUAAUUUGACUCUGUUCCAUCCCCAUCGACUGUACGGGAUUUCCACUGCACGGUAUUCGGCUUCCAGUUCAAAAGUAAAUUAAUCCAUAAUCUACAUUAAUUUUACUAGUACUCUUCCAAAAGUGACAUUUUCAAAAUGAACUGAAAUUAUUGUGAUAUAUAUUUAUUUUUUUUUUCUUUUAUUGAACCCUGUCGCAUAUUAUUACGCGGCAGAAAAAAAUUCCACACCACCGCAGAAAAAUGUCAUGAAAAGUACUGGAUACAUACGCAAAUGAUGAUCUGAACUCAAUUUCCUCAUAAAUUGACUUUUUCCGGCGGCACAGUGGCUCAGGUGGUAAAGCUUCGGCCUCACAGUUCUGAUGUCCCGGGUUCGAUCCCGGGCCCGCCUGUGUGGAGUUUGCGUGUCCUCCCCGUGCUUGCGUGGUUUUCCUCCGGGCACUGCGGUUUCCUCCCACAUCCCCCCAAAAAAACAUGCAACAUAAAUUGCCCACAGGUGUGAUCGUGACUGCAACUGUUGUUUGUCUCCAUGUGCCCUGCGAUUGGCUGGCGACCAGUUCAGGGUGUGCACCGCCUCCUGCCCGUUGACAGCCGGGAUAGGCUCCAGGACUCCCUUGUCCGUGUAAAAGCUUAUAUUUGUAAUAUGGUAAAUGGCAUUUUUGGGGACCAACUUAUUGAAAUUUUGCACAGUGCUCUCAUUGACUUGCCUGAAUUUUUACCGGGAGCUGGAAAAGUAUCGUACAGUGGAAUUGGAAAGGAGUCGACGGUUCUCUUCCCUUCUGGCCGUUCCUCAUGAGAUUAGAUGUGAUUUACUGACAUGAUUUUUUUUUUUUUUUUUUUUAGGGUGUAUCCUCCUGGAGCACCCUGUACCCGUUUAGGGGGUCUGUGGUUUAUGGUGACGUAAAUCAAAUCCAUAUGCAAAUCCAAAUGCACUAUAGUCUACUUUAUUAACCUAUAAUAAAGCAGUAGUUAAGCCAUAAUUGGAGUAAUUAUUUUUUGAUUCUGAAAAACCCCUCCAGGCCAUGUACAUAAAAGAAUCAAAUGGAAAAAUUGUAAGGGAGGCCUUUCGACAUAUUUUUAACGCCGCUGCGCGUUUGUUGGUAGCCACAAAACGACUUCAUUGCUGUGAUUUUUUUUUUUUUUUUCAGUUCCUUCGAGAUAUGUUUUGAAAAUAUUAAUCUACUACUCAAUCAGCAAUGAUGAUUAAGUCAGCACAGAAGUUAUGCUUGGGGGAGGGGGAAUUUUGAAGAGACUUAAUAUAAAUAAAGCUUUAUUAUUUUCUUAAGAAGUCAGGGCAAUUGUAUAAGUGGUAAACGAAAGCCAUGAAUUGCUGUCAUGUAAUUUACAUAAUUUAACAAGUGACAUGAAUGAUACGGGAGACUCCAACUCAUGAACGCACCACGAGAGGAACGCUAACAAAUGAUGUGUGACGAUCGGGACCGCAGCUCUCGUCUGCUGUCGUGUCGUGGUUUACUAUUUUCUUGUUUUAUUGGUUUUUAUUUGCCAAUGUCACAGUUUUUUUUUUUUUUUUUUUUAUGUCGACAGUUUAAUCCAUAAAUUGCUUCGUUUGGAGUGUUGACGCAUCAACUGUGCUAAAGAUUAUUCGCUCCCUUGCUGUACUGCACGCGACCUUUGGACAUGUGAUCGUCUGUUAAUAAACAUUUGUGAAUGGACCCUUUGCGGUGGAUAUUUUGUUCCUCAGGACAUAUAUUUUAUUAAUAAUUGAGUUUAAAAACACUGAAAGGAGCUGAAACAAUGCGAAUUGCUCGUGAGAACCGGAGUUUUGGAUAUAAAACAAUUAUCCCGGGAAUUUGAAAGAAUAAUAGGAAUGUAGAAAGUAAGAAAAGCUAACAGAUUAGUUUUUUUUUUUUUUUUAAGUUGUGCGUCAGCUAAAUUUGAACCAAAAUUCUUGCGGCACGGUGGCUCGGCUGGUUAAGCGUCGACCUCACAGUUCUGAGGUCCCGGGUUCAAUCCUGGCCCCGCUUGUGUGGAGUUUGCAUGUUCUCCCCGUGCCUGCGUGGGUUUUCUUCAGGUGGGCACUCCGGUUUCCUCCCCCCCCAAAAAAAAAAAAAAACGCAACAUUAAUUGCACACUCUAAAUUGCCCCAAGGUGUGAUUGUGAGCGCGGCUGUUUGUCUCCAUUUGCCCUACGAUUGCCUGGCGACCCGUUCAGGGUGCACCCCACCUCUUGCCCGUUGACAGCUGGGAUAGGCUCCACCACUCCUGCCACCUUCGUGAGGAUAAGCGGCUAAGAAGAUGGAUGGAUGGAUAGAAGGUGGGUUGGAAACUUUUUCACAAGUGUAAGACUGACUGCGAUCCGAUCUCAUUUGUUUCGGGCACCUGAAGGAUUUUUAAGACUUUUCAUAUCUCGGUUCAAUCUUAUUGUUUUUAGUUUUCAACUGCAUUUUCAUUUCACAGGAGAAUUUAAUACUAUUUAAUUACAUUUUAUUUAUGAUAUUAUUAUUGAUUUAAUAAUACAUCGUUUUUAAAAAAUAUUAUUUCCCCAAAAUUAUUACAAAUUAAGCCAAGCCUCCCCCAUCUGCCGUUGAGUAGAGAAACACACUCCGGGCUACUGAAAGAGGAAAUAGCUACGCAUUAUUUUAUGAACGUGAUAUAAAUAAUGAGUAGACUUUUGCAUCGUCAUAUGUAAAAGUUUGAAGAUUGCUUUGAAACUCGACUUGAAACUCAACCUGUUUGCAGCCUUGACAAAACAAUCACCAAGAAAGAGUUUGAAACCUGAACGUGGAGAAACGCGACGGAAAUUUCGGGGGGGAGUUUCUACUUGAAAAUGUCUUGCGUAACAAUGGAGCAGCGGCGUCCGAAAUUCUCAACCAACUACUCUAAUUUCCGGCCUAUAAAUCGCAACUUUUUUUCCACACGCUUGCAACCCUGCAGUUUGUGCGUGAUGGGGCUAAUUUGUGCUUUUUUUCUAACGGCCACAAGGGGCACUAGAGCGGAAAAGGUAAAGACCGGCGGAACCGAGGAAGUAACUUUUACUGGUAUGUUUUUGUUUUUUAACUGGCCCUACCCCCUUGGCAAAUUG